AUGUCUCCAGCAAAGUCCAGUGGUCAGUCUGAUGCUGUUCAGUCUUUAUCCAGUGGGAAGUCUGUUGCUAGUCAGUUCAUUGCUGGGCAGUCUGUGUCUGGUCAUUCUGUGGAUGUUCAGUCUGUGGAUGGGUUCCAGGCCACUUACCAGUUGGGUGUGGCCCAGAGCAUGUUGGACCUGGCACCGUUGGUGCUACAAGCAGCCCCUAAGGUAAUGGGGGCCUCGGCCGGGUCCCUGGUAGCUGCUGCUUUGGUCUGUGGAUCCAGCCUAGACAUGGUGCGUAAUGAGAUGCUGAGGUUUGUGCUGCAGAGUAGGGGGCCACUGCACCUGGCGAGGAACGUGUUUGUGUGGAUAGAAGGUCUUUUGCGGCGCUCACUACCAGACGACGCCCACAUCCGGGCCAGUGGACGCCUCGCCGUCAUCAUGACACGCAUCCCAGAUGGACAGAAUACUGUGGUGUCAGAGUUCACAUCCCGAGAGGACGUUGUGCAGGCGCUGUUGUGCAGCUGCUUUAUCCCUGGGUACCAUGGUAUACAGCCACCGUCUUACAAAGGAGUGUAUUAUGUGGACGGUGGUAUGUCCAGUAUCCAGCCAACCCACUCCUCUCCCUAUGCACACACCCUCACUGUGUCGCCAUUCGCUGGAGAGGCGGACAUCUGUCCACCAGACCCUGGCUCCAUGUACGUCAUCGUCAUGAGUGGCAUGCCCCUCAACUGCAGUGUGGCCAACGGUUACCGGAUCCUUGAAGCCCUCUACCCCUACAACUGGGAGGUUGGACCCCAAAACAACCCUUACUCUCUCCACCCAGCCCUUUACCCCUCCACCCAGCCCUCUACCCAUUCACCCAGCUCUCCACCGAGCCUUCUGCCCCUCCACCCAGCCCUCUACCUCUCCGACUAG